GCUGCAGUUGUGCAAACCUCGCUGGCUCCCAGAAAUCAGGCUCAGCGCUUUGCCGUGCACCGUAAUGCUGGGAAGCCUGGACCGAGCGCCGACGGUGUGAGAGCGGGAGCAGGGGAAGCCCAGCAGAUUCAGUGGCAAUCUGGGGUACAAUCAAUUUUCUCUUCCCCCCUCCCUCGACCCCCAUUCAUCUCCGUCCUCCUCCCCUUUCGCCAGAUCUCCUCUCCCCAAACUCCACCGCACGGAGCUGAAGAUCAAGGCUGGUGGAUUUAUCAACAUUUUACCUCCACCCCCACCCCUUUUUCCAGAUGCACCUCCCCGCUCGCCCUGACAGCUGCAAAAGAGAGCACAGGUUUUGUAGCGAGCAAGGCAACUUGGACUGACAUGCAAAGGCGACCCCCCCCCGUACCCGCACACACCGUCGGUGAAUCACCGGGAGAUGCGAUGAGCUCCCUUUAGGAACCGGAAGGAUUUGUAUUGGGGAGCGAGCGGAGCCAUCACCCCCCCCCCCUUCCCGCCCGACCCUCAAAAAAAAAAGUCAGGAAAGCAACCAGAAGGGGUUCUCGGCGUUUUUGGAUCUACGCAGUGGAAGUUGCAUCUUGUGUAUGGCGUGGUUAAGCUUGCAGCCUGUCACCUCGGCCUUCCUCCAUUUUGGGCUGGUUACUUUUGUGCUGUUUUUGCAUGGUUUGCAGGUGGAUGCUGGCCUGACGGGAGACUCCUCCAGUUCAGUACAAAACAGCUCGUGUUCAGGAUCUUUUGACUGCAAGGAAGGUGUUAUCCUGCCAAUAUGGUACCCAGAAAAUCCAUCCCUUGGGGACAAAAUUGCCCGUGUUAUCGUAUACUUUGUAGCACUGAUCUACAUGUUCCUUGGAGUCUCCAUCAUUGCAGAUCGUUUCAUGGCGUCUAUAGAGGUCAUUACAUCGCAAGAGAAAGAAAUCACAAUUAAGAAGCCCAAUGGAGAGACCACGACGACCACCAUUCGGAUUUGGAAUGAAACUGUUUCCAACUUGACCCUCAUGGCUCUGGGCUCCUCUGCUCCUGAGAUCCUUCUGUCUCUGAUAGAAGUGUGUGGACAUGGAUUCAUAGCUGGAGACUUGGGGCCAUCCACAAUUGUUGGCAGUGCUGCUUUCAAUAUGUUUAUCAUCAUCGCCAUCUGUGUCUAUGUGAUCCCUGAUGGAGAAACCAGAAAGAUAAAACACCUGAGGGUUUUCUUUGUCACAGCCGCAUGGAGCAUCUUUGCUUACAUCUGGUUGUACAUGAUCCUUGCUGUCUUCUCUCCAGGUGUGGUUCAGGUCUGGGAAGGUCUGCUCACACUUUUCUUCUUUCCACUUUGUGUUCUUCUGGCUUGGAUAGCAGAUAAACGUCUGCUUUUCUAUAAGUAUAUGCACAAAAAGUACCGUACUGACAAGCACAGGGGCAUUAUCAUAGAAUCAGAAGGUGAUCACCCUAAGGGAAUUGAAAUGGAUGGCAAGAUGAUGAAUUCCCACUUUCUGGAUGGAAACUUAGUGACUGUUGAGGGGAAGGAGGCAGAUGAAUCUCGCAAAGAGAUGAUCCGGAUCCUUAAGGACCUGAAGCAAAAGCACCCAGAAAAGGACUUGGACCAGCUGGUAGAAAUGGCUAACUACUAUGCCUUGUCUCAUCAGCAAAAGAGCAGAGCCUUUUAUCGCAUUCAAGCUACCAGAAUGAUGACAGGAGCCGGCAAUAUUCUGAAGAAGCAUGCAGCUGAGCAAGCCAAGAAAAGCACCAGCUUGCAUGAGGUGCGGCCAGAUGAACCUGAGGAAUUCAUCUCCAAAAUUUAUUUUGACCCGUGCUCCUACCAGUGUCUUGAGAACUGUGGUGCUGUUCUCCUGACAGUGGUGCGGAAAGGAGGGGACAUGUCCAAGACCAUCUAUGUGGACUAUAAAACAGAGGAUGGCUCUGCCAAUGCUGGUGCUGACUAUGAGUUCACAGAGGGGACCGUUGUCUUGAAAUCGGGGGAGACCCAGAAGGAGUUCUCAGUGGGAAUUAUCGAUGAUGACAUCUUUGAGGAAGAUGAGCAUUUUUUUGUGCGGCUCAGUAACCUCCGUGUGGUGGAAAGUGAGGAACCUCCAGAGCUCAGUAACUCCCCAUACCCAAAGGCCAUGUUGGCUUCUCCCUGUGUGGCCACAGUGACUAUACUGGAUGAUGACCAUGCUGGCAUCUUCACAUUUGAGUGUGAUGUUAUACAUGUCAGUGAAAGCAUUGGUGUGAUGGAAGUCAAAGUUCUAAGGACAUCAGGUGCUCGGGGUACAGUCAUAGUGCCAUUUAGGACAGUAGAAGGGACAGCGAAAGGAGGUGGAGAAGACUUCGAAGACACUUACGGGGAGCUGGAGUUCAAGAACGAUGAAACUGUCAAAACAGUUCACAUCAAGGUAAUUGAUGAUGAGGAGUAUGAAAAAAACAAGAAUUUCUUCAUUGAGCUGAUGAGCCCCCGGAUGGUGGAUAUGAGUUUACAGAAAGCCCUGCUGCUCACCCAAGAGGUGGCUGAGAGGAAGCUGACGGUUGAAGAGGAGGAAGCCAAGAGGAUUGCAGAGAUGGGCAAACCAAUACUUGGCGAGCAUCCAAAACUAGAAGUCAUCAUUGAGGAGUCCUAUGAGUUCAAGAGCACCGUGGACAAGCUGAUUAGGAAGACAAACCUGGCUUUGGUUGUAGGGACACAUUCCUGGAGGGACCAGUUCAUGGAGGCCAUUACCGUCAGUGCAGCGGGUGAUGAGGAUGAGGAUGAGUCGGGCGAGGAGCGCCUACCGUCCUGCUUUGACUAUGUGAUGCACUUCCUGACGGUCUUCUGGAAGGUGCUGUUUGCCUGCGUGCCCCCCACCGAGUACUGCAAUGGCUGGGCCUGUUUCAUCGUCUCCAUCCUCAUCAUCGGCAUGCUCACGGCCGUCAUUGGUGACCUUGCCUCCCACUUCGGCUGCACCAUCGGCCUCAAGGACUCCGUGACCGCUGUCGUCUUCGUCGCCUUCGGCACUUCAGUACCAGACACAUUCGCCAGCAAAGCUGCAGCAAUCCAGGACGUGUACGCUGACGCCUCCAUCACCAACGUCACGGGCAGCAACGCCGUCAACGUCUUCUUGGGCAUCGGGCUGGCAUGGUCAGUGGCGGCAAUCUACUGGGCAUCACAGGGGCAGGAGUUCCAGGUGUCUGCAGGCACCCUGGCCUUCUCUGUCACUCUCUUCACCAUCUUCGCUUUCAUCUGCAUCAGCGUCCUCCUCUACCGCCGGCGGCCCCACCUCGGGGGGGAGCUGGGAGGCCCCCGGGGGUGCAAACUGGCCACGACAUUGCUCUUCGUCAGCCUCUGGCUGCUGUACAUCCUCUUCGCCACCCUGGAGGCCUAUUGCUACAUCAAGGGGUUUUAGGUGGUGGAGGGACGGUGCCGCCGGGGGAGGUUUCCCCUCCUCCGUUACCUCACCGGACACUGGCCCUGGAAGUGCGGUUUCACCGGGGGGGACGGCUGUCCGUCAGGGGCUGCUGCUGCCCAGACGGUCGGACAGCUGGGUGCCAAGAUGGGCAAAACCAUCACAGAGUGAAAAACACACAAAAAAAAACCCCACCCAAAAUGAUACAAAAAUAAAAGAAAGCAACAAUGGCAAGUGUUGAAACAAAACAAAACAGAAUAAACCCAGCCACUGAGCCCAUUCGAUGAGAUUAAGAAGUUUCAGCCAUCUCCAAAGGCCACCUCUCCUGCAGGGGCUUGUCCACUUGCCUCCCCACCACCCUUCUGCUGUAAGGAGAUGUCUUCUUAUUUUUACUGGUUGGGAAUUGCAGAAAGCUGAUCAGGAAAUUAUUUUUUUUCCUUCUUUUUUUAUUUUUCCUUUCAUUUGCUAGUUGCUUUUUGGUUUGGGGGGGCAUGCUGCUUAGGUAUUUUAUUUUUUAUUUUUACUACUAAAACAGAAAAAUGUUAAAAAUCUACUCUAAAGCUUAAAGCUGCCAUCAGUGCUGGAAUUGAACAUGUGUAUUUUUUGAAGCCACAAAAGACUGUGACACAGUUAAAGAACUUUUUCACUAUUACUGUUCUCCUCCCUCGCCGCCUUCCAUUUCUUUUUUAAGAACAUCACAAGACUGAUAUAUUUUUAAUACAAACACAGACACACACAUACAUUCGGUGACAAAGGCUGGAGCAUGUAGCAUCUCAGUCACCUGCCUGGGCUAAGAAAAAAAGGAGGAAACAAACAAAAAAACAAACCCAAACUUCAACCUUCUAAUAUAAUAAGUAUCAUGUAAAUUUUGACUAUGGCAUUUCUCUUUGUAUAAUUAACUUUGAGCUUGUGGUACUGCAGGGAGAGAAAAUUCUGUUAAUUUACAACUGAUAAAGAAAUAAAUUGUUACCCAGGAACAGUCUGCCCUGGGGGAGCAAGGGAGCCAGGGGAAGCAGUACCAGCUCCUUGGGAUGGUGGUGGUGGGUUUGCUGUGUGGGCCUCCUGCUCGGAGGUGGAAAUGAAUUCAGGAAAACCCAGAGAGCACACACGUGUGUUCCCAGCACCAUCCACCCCGAGCUGUGCCGUGGCUGCCCUUUCGCUCUUUUGCUACCCCUGUUUUCACAGCCCCCGCACCUUGCUGGUGCUCUUCAGGCCACUGAAAGGUACAGGCUUCAGAACUGCCACCCACGUCAGGACUCCUGUAGCAUCUCAAGUACCUUUUAGAAACAUCAGACAGAGAAAAAGGCAUCCUUUUCAUUUGAAGUGCAUUUAUUUUUAAGGAAAAAACAAAACACCAUGAGAGUAUGUCAUUAAUUACAUCAAUGGCUGCAAGUUGAAAUGUUGGGUUGGUAAUAAAAAUAAAUAAAAACUAUACCUAUAUCUAUAUAAACAGUGCUAUCUAGAAACAUAUUUCUUAAUUGAGAGCCCUUUAAGAGGCUGUUAAAUCCUUAUUCUUUGUAAAGUGUUUUCAAGUUGAAGAUAAUUUCUUCUAUCAAGAAGCAGGUGCUCUAAAGGGAAACAUUUACUUCACAAAGUUCUCUAUAAUAAGCCAGAUCCUGGGAAGCAGCAAGUAAGAACGGGGCUGCCAGAGGCUGUGGCUCUGCCCACUGCAGUGAUUUCUGCUGCCCAGGACACAGGGAGGAGGUGGCCACAGGUCAGGAAAAAAGCAAUGGGAACAAGGUUGUCGUGGACAAAAAGAUGUAACGUCAUGGACAAAAAGAUGUAACGUCAUGGCAAGUGUCUAGAUGAGAGUGAUAAUGGUCCUUAACACACAGAUGAAGUAUUUAUUUUCAUACAAAAUGUUUAUCAGAUAUCUAUAUGUAAAUGUGUAUACACAUAAAGCAGGGAAGAAGGAUCCUUCUGAGACAAGCAGCAAGAGCUUUGCCAGUGGGAGCCCAGCAUGAGUGACAGCCAUUGAGUUUGAAGCCAACAAGCAUCCAGCCUCCUUGUCCUCCCUCAUCAUGCCUUUGGGAGAGAAAAUGAUGGGCAAGAAACCCCAAAGCCAGGCUGCCACCGAGCCUUCCGGUCCUUCUGGCCUCCGGCUGUGCCAACAGCCACCAAGAGCAGCUGCUGGCCACCUCUGCCUGCCAGCCAGGGACCCUGGAGCACAUAUGUGACAUUGAAAGAAAGAUUACAAAAGCCCCCCCCAAAUGCUGUCCUUGGCAGGGGGACGUAGUUGUGGUGGUUAAAGUACAGCUCUUGGGGUGGGGGGGGGUUGUUAUCAUUGCUGUUUUUAAUUUGGACAUAGCAAGUCUGUUUUACCCAUGCCAGCUCACACACCCCUGGGUAAAGCUCAGCCUGGGGGAGUUUCUUCUGUUGCUUGUGCUGUAUCCACCACGUGCUUUUCAUCUGCUUCCUUCUUCAGCUGACCUCGGGGAGGGGACACAGGGAGAAGACCAGCUGUCAUGAGUGCCCACUGCAUGGGGACCUUUGUGCUCUCCAUGCACAAGGGCAAUCUGUGCCAGGCCAAAAGCAGCUGUGGAGCGUUUCUUUCUUUUAUUUUUAUUUUCUACUUCAUUAAAAAAUAUGCAAGCUGAAAAAAAAAGGCAAGUUUGGUGCCUCUGGGGAUUUUUGUUUUUUAUUUGCUGAGGCUUUUAUGGUUUAUUUUGGGGCUAGCUAUCUGCUUGCUCCUGUUUGCCUUUAGGCAGGUGCUUGGACUUGGUCACACUGGCUCUGGCUGGUUUGUUUCCCAUGCCACCUCAGCCCUCCGGUUCAGUACUGCUGGGAGAACCCCGCAGCACUUGCCCCUGGCUGGCCCAGAGGAACUUUGCUGGUGUUGCUGUUCUCACUGCUCAUUCCCCAUCGUUUCUCCCGUCAGCUUCCCGCAACAGCCUGCAAUGACAGCCGCUGGCUUCCUCAUGCUCUGGGCGGCACAUGCCUACCUUUCAGCCUCCCCCUCUUCUUCAUCCCAACUCCUCACCAAGACCCCUUCACUGUUGCAUUGGAGAAUAAAUAACGUGCCCUGAUAUCAGAAGGGAAAGCAGAGGUGAACAGAGGAGCUGCUUUGUCACUGGGGACUGCCGUGGCACGGGGGCACAGUCUAAGGGCUACAUGUGGUGUGGUGCCAGUGGUACCUCUGGCUGCCUUCCCACUCCACUGCCUCGGGGGCACCUCCAGCACCACAGGGGUUUUGCCAUCCAGGUGAUGCUGCUCUGUGUGGAUGCCAGUCAAACAUCAGCCUUUGGGUACAAAUCAGCUUUGCAGAGGGGCAUCACUUGUCCAUCCCUGUCAAGCUGGCCAGGAAUCAUGCCCUGGGUUCGUCCAGUACUGUGUCACCUCCUCACCCAGUAUCACCACUAACUGCCUUCUUCCACUUGUAUUUGGGCCCCUGACCCCAAAAAUCCCCUCUGCAGUGAGCUUUGUGCCAGAACCAUCUCCAUUUGCCUUUCUGCAGCAAAGGGGUGGCUGGUACAGCCUGGUGGCAGCUGGGCUGGGAGAACCCCAUGCUGCAGGAAGGGUGGCCCUGGGAGAGUGGCUGUGGGGAGGCUGCACUGCACAUUGUUCCCUGGGGCAGCCAGGGCUCAGCGAAGACCACUGGCCCGGCCACAAAAAGGCCAGUGACCUACUGGGUCCUGCAUGAUCCCAUCUCCCCCCAGCCUGUGGGGUCACUUCGCAGCCCUCCAUGAGCCACAGUACCUGCAGCAAGCACGCCUGCUCCUGACCCAGGGGAAGCCUUAUACCAGCUCCAGCUCCUGUUCUAGGAAAGGACCCGUUGCCUUUGACUCCAGUGAGGUGGCUGGGGGUUCUUGGAGGAGAGAGGGGAAGGACUGUGACCCUUUGGGGCUGGCUGGCUACCAUGGCUGUGCAGAAGCAUCCCGGUCCCCACAAGCACUGAUGCUUAGGUCCAGGACCAAAGGAGAUUGUCCCUGAGUGAGCUGGGCUGAGUGACAGGAGUGUGCAGGCAUCAGGAAUUGGCUGCAGUACCGUAUGGUGAUAAUGAAAUGUUUGUUAGAGCCAGGGAGCAAAGGUUUUAAGCCCGGGAGGAGGCAACUGCAGCUCUCAGAAUUGGCUUUGUCACCUUUUUGGCAAUCACUGUGUUAUUGGUGUGAUCAACGCUCUACUGGAUGAAGCACAAAUAAACCACAAAAAUAUCCUGUGAUUGCACACUUCCUCUGAUUCCACGGUUGGGCUGCUGGACUGGUUUGUAAGCCCCUUGUCCCUGGUGUGGGAGGACCCCACCACCACCACCUUCCAUCCCAAAGCAGCAACUGACCUCACUUCACGGCACCAUCUUUAAGGAGAAGCCCCCAUCAGCUGCAUGUACCACCUCAGGCUUCAAACACUCUGGUCUACUCCUGCGGUGAGAUGAUGCCUACCUGCAUGUCUCCACCAGCAUAGCACUUGGCUUUGGAAAAGCAUUUUAGAGGACCCAUGGUAUGUUGUACAUGGAUGCUGUUGAGAUAAAGGGUUAGUAACAAGACCUUUGAGGAAUGCCCAUCAUCCACUUGAUAGCACAAUAGCAUAGACAUAGACAGUAACAGAAGGGUUUCCAGGAGAUGUGGUCAUGCUUGAAUAUGCCACUAUUCAAAGCCACGAAAUUUCAACCCAGCCUCAGUUACACUUCAGUGUCAGCUGGAAGCAGGUAAUUUCUCAUAUAAUUCACCUGGAUUUUUUUUUUUUUUUUUUUUUUUUUUUUUUUUUUUUUU